UCAAGGCACUAAUAAGAUGGAACUAUAUGAGUUGUGAUUUGUUGUCGUCUGCACAAUGGCAGAUUUUGACAUGCUGGGGGUAGGAGAAAAUGUUGAAAAUGAAGAAAUUGACUGGGAAACCCUUCAUCAAAUCUUUGAUGGGGAAUUUGAUGCAUCAACAUCUAGAAAGGAGGCUGAGGAAGAGAUGGAAAUGGUUUUAAAUCCUAUUAAAACAGAGGAAACCAUGCUGAGAGACCCAGACUCAGACUGCAGGAAAAAAAGAUUCAAAACUGUUAAUGAAACAGAGCUGCAGGAAUUGAAAGAAAGAAGGCAGUCAAAAGCUACAAAGUUUAAUACAAAGUGGGGAGUAAAUUUGUUUCAAGAAUGGAGUGUUGAAGCUUUGGGACAGCCAACUGAUUUCCACAAAAUUUCUGCUACUGAGCUGAAUAAACAACUUGAAAAAUUUUAUGCAGAGGCUACACUUAAGCCCAAUGAAAAAAGAGCACAAUCUAUGACAAAAGAACAAGCAACAGAAUAUCACAGUAAUACAUAUAAGAGCAUAUGAUCAGCAAUCAACCGCCUUGUCCACGACAUUGGACGCCAGCUUGACAUAGUG